AUGCCCACCUCCGUUUUUCUCCUUCUUUCCUCAUUUCUUCUUUUCGUUUUCUUGCUGGAAGCUGUUCAUGGCAGCAAAAAGGCAAGCAAGCUUGUUUCGCUUAUUGCUCAUUCAUUUAGCACUAAUUUGUACCUGUUGAUAUUUGCUUCUGAUGCUGCUGAGUUUCCCAUCAUUGAUUUGCUUCUUCAUCAUCGAAUCUCUGGUUUUGUUUACAGUGUUACAUUGUGUACAUGGGAGCACACUCUCAUGGUUCCAACCCUACUUCUGUUGACCUCGAAAUUGCUACGGAUUCUCAUUAUGAUUUACUUGGUUCAAUCAUGGAAAGGUAUAAAAUCAUGGUUUAUCGCUGAGGAGAAAGCAAAAGAAGCAAUGAUUUACUCAUACAAUAGACACAUAAAUGGCUUUGCUGCAUUACUUGAGGAGGAAGAAGCAGCAGAUAUUGCAAAAAACCCUAACGUGGUGUCAGUGUUCUUGAGCAAAAAAUAUAAACUGCACACUACCCGCUCUUGGGAAUUUCUUGGACUGCAGAGAAAUGGUAAGAACUCUGCAUGGCAAAAGGGAAGCUUUGGUGAAAAUACAAUCAUUGCUAACAUUGACACUGGUGUUUGGCCCGAAUCACAGAGCUUCAAUGAUAAAGGUUAUGGUCCCAUUCCAUCCAAAUGGCGCGGUGGUAAUGUUUGUCAAAUUAACAAACUUCCACGCACCAAGACAAAUCUAUGCAACAGAAAGCUGAUAGGAGCAAGAUUCUUUAACAAAGCUUUCGAGGCAUACAAUGGCGAACUUGUUCCGGCGCUGCAAACAGCGCGUGACUUCAUGGGGCAUGGGACCCACACUCUAUCAAUCGCAGGGGGCAAUUUCGUCCCAGGUGCAAGCGUAUUCGCGGUGGGGAAUGGCACCGCAAAGGGUGGGUCUCCGAGAGCACGAGUUGCAGCGUACAAAGUGUGUUGGUCUCUGACGGACCCAGAAGGUUGUUAUGGCGCCGAUGUGUUGGCUGCCAUCGACCGAGCCAUCGACGACGGUGUUGAUGUGAUAAAUCUUUCAGUUGGUGGCAAUUACGUUGUGAGCCCCGAGGGAAUAUUCACUGACGAGGUUUCGAUUGGGGCCUUCCAUGCAAUUGCUAGAAACAUAGUGGUGGUUGCCUCUGCAGGGAACGACGGAGCAACGCCUGGUUCUGUCGUCAAUGUCGCUCCUUGGGUCUUCACUAUUGCUGCCAGCACCAUAGACAGAGAUUUUACCAGCAAUAUAACCAUUAACAACAACCAGCAAUUCGAGGGAGCCAGUCUUUUUGUAAACUCACCGAAUCAGGCAUUUUCUCUGAUCCUCUCCACUGAUGCUAAACUUGCUAAUGCAACAUUUCGAGACGCUCAACUGUGUAGGCGUGGAACACUUGAUCCUACAAAAGUAAAGGGCAAAAUAGUGCGUUGUAUUCGAGAUGGGAAAAUAAAAUCAGUUGCUGAGGGCAAUGAAGCUCUAUCUGCAGGCGCACAGGGAAUGUUUUUGGGCAAUCAAAAGCGAAAUGGAAAAACAACUUUUGGCGAGCCUCAUGUUCUGUCCACUGUGGGCACCAGUGAUGGCCAUUCAGGGGGACAGAGUGAUUUUUUCUUAACUGCAACAGACCCUAUAAAAUCAGGUGCUACCAUAAGAAUGUCCCCAGCAAAGACGUUAUUUGGAAGAAAGCCAGCUCCAGUUAUGGCUUCAUUCUCAUCUAGAGGACCCAAUAAGAUUCAGCCAUCAAUACUCAAGCCUGAUGUGGCCGCACCCGGUGUGAACAUACUUGCUGCCUAUUCAGAAUUCGCAAGUGCAUCAAGCUUGCUGACAGACAAACGUCGUGGGUUUAAAUUCAACGUAUUGCAAGGAACUUCUAUGUCUUGUCCUCAUGUUGCUGGCAUUGCUGGACUUCUCAAAACACGUCAUCCUAGUUGGAGUCCUGCUGCUAUUAAAUCAGCAAUCAUGACCACAGCAACGACGCGUGACAACACAAACAGGCCAAUACAGGAUGCGUUUGCAAAAACACUGGCAACUCCCUUUGCUUAUGGUUCAGGACAUGUUCGACCUGACCUUGCCAUAGAUCCUGGCCUUGUUUACGAUCUAGGCCUCACUGAUUACUUGAACUUCUUAUGUGCUUCUGGAUAUGACCAACAACUCAUUUCUGCACUCAAUUUCAAUAGAACUUUCAUUUGUUCAGGCUCUCACAGCGUAACGGACUUGAACUACCCUUCAAUCACGUUGCCAAAUCUUGACUUAAAAGCCGUAACCAUUACUCGCACGGUAACAAAUGUUGGAACACCAAGCACGUACACAGCAAGUACCCAAUUGCCUGGAUAUAACAUUGUUGUUGUGCCAAAUUCCUUGACUUUCAGUAAAAUUGGUGAGAAAAAGGCAUUCAAGGUUACUGUGCAGGCAAGCAGUGUGACUAAGCGGAGAACUUAUCAAUUUGGAGAAUUGCGAUGGACAGAUGGAAAGCAUAUAGUGAGGAGUCCUAUUACGGUAAAGCGCAAAUGA